AUGACAGAUACCUCCUCCCUCGCCAUCACGCACGCCACCACGGAUCCGUAUCCGGUCCCCGUUCCUGCUCCUCUGGGAUCCCCCAUCGCCAACGGGGCGAUUUCUGACUCGGUCGCGCCUGACGAAGAAGAACCGUACACCAUCAAAUGUAUCUGCUCGUUUAACGAAGAUGAUGGCAGCACGGUUUUCUGCGAAGGGUGUGAGACGUGGCAGCACAUCGUCUGCUAUUACCCGGACAAGCGGGUGCCAGAUGUGCAUAACUGCGUCGACUGUGAGCCUCGCCCGUUGGAUGCCCGGCGCGCUGCUGAGCGUCAGCGCCAACGGCGGAUCCGAGAACAGAGCGAGGACGGUGACCGGAAGAAGCGAUCCAGUGGAAAAUCCCAGAAGAAGAAGAUCCGGGAUGGCGAUGUGAAUGGAUUUGGUCAUCAGCGAAGCGAGUCGGGGGGGCGCGAUCAACCCCUAACCAAGAAGACCAAGACUAGUCACCGGUCUUCUGCAUCCAUUAGUGCCCUUGCGGGUACUCCGGCCCUCCCCGCGGAGACCCGAAAACGCCGUUCGUCUACCUCCGUGGCCCCCAGUCCUACUAAACCUCCCGUUCCUUUCAUUCCUCUCUACUCCAACGAAUUCCUCCACCUUUAUGACCAUGAUGAUGAACGAGUCGACAUGGACAGCAAUUUGUUUGUCAAUGUCAGCCUCGUGGGAGAUACCGCGUCCUGGGUGAAGGACCCAGAGGCCCUCUCAAGGGUCACUAACGGCGGGGCUGAGAGUACCUUCAACUGGUCCGACGCCGCCCUGGACAAAUCUGGCUGGCCCGCUUUGACCACCGAGACCAUCACGGAUUCCAGUGUUGAGAUUGGUGGUAAGCAUCCCACCUGGAAAGUUGUUAAGACUCAGGAUGCCGUGCAAAAAGAUCAUGUCGUUGGAGAAAUCACAGGCAAAGUAGGCAUUUUUGAUGACUACUGUCUGGAUCCGAAUAAUCGCUGGCCCGAACUGCGACACCCCGAACCCUUCGUUUUCUUCAGCUCCCACCUCCCACUCUACAUUGACAGCCGCCACGAAGGGAAUGUCCUCCGAUACACCCGUCGGUCAUGCCGUCCCAACGUGACCAUGAAGAUCUUCAUCACCAAUGCUGUGGAGUACCACUUUUGCUUUGUGGCGAAGGAGGACAUUCCCGCUAACUCCGAAAUCACGAUUAUGUGGUAUUUGGAUUCACAAUUCUUCGAGUCGUCAAACGGCUUGGUCAAGCAAGAAGAUAGUGCGACGGAGGCUGCUGCCAAUUGUAUUAGCAACACCCUCGCGAACUUUGGUGGUUGUGCAUGCGACCUACCCAACUGUCUGCUGGCCAGCUUAGACCGUCGGCGGACUUCAAGGUUGUUCGAGUCCUCCAAACAACUGAACGGCAAGCGAAAGAAGGUCAAGACGAAGUCAGUUGCAUCGCCCCUCGAUCCGGGCCGUGCAUCUAUCAGCCGUGCUGGGAGCGAGACCACAAAGCACCCGGAAGAAGACGACGGAGCUGCUGACAGCCGCUCCACUUCCGGCUCUGCGCGUGGUCGGCCUCAUAGUCGCGAUCUCAGCCCUGCCGUCACUGGGCUAUCUGAACUGUCCAGCCGCGAAAAGCGCAAAAUUGCAGACGCUGAAAAACAAUUCCAGCAACUGGAACAGCAAGAUCACCGGCCAACGAUUCAGCGGAAAAAGAAGCGAGUUAGUGGUCCGUUGGCACAGUCGCCUGCGACUGUGUCGACUGCCACUCAGGCGGGGUAUUUCGGGGCUCAGCGCGGCUCAACCAAAUCACUCCACCUUGAUACCGCCGGCCAUUCUCGCUCUCCCACCACCAUGUCGCCUGCACCUACUCCUGCCGGUCGCCAUGGAUCACCUCGCAAGACCUCUGGUUCCAGCACUCCGUUCACUCGCUCUCCGCUCACCCGUCCCACAUAUGUCGAUGUGUCCAUUCAGUGCGAUAUGGACGAAGUAGAGUAUGAGGCAGCCCGCAACGCUUCACCACGUCCUCGCACUCAUUUCGUCCCAAGAACGGUCCGAAUUCUGGAGCGGUUCAAAGCUGAUCGUCUUCGGGCUCAGGAAGUUGCGCGACAGCAGCUGUCCUCGGCUGGCUCAGACUCUGUGGCGACUGCUGGGUCCUCAUCCCCCGCUUUCGUCCACUCUCCAAUCGCCAAACAAGAAAAGGCUGACGUCUUGAUGUCCGAUGCGGAUCCUUCGCAGCCCACUUCCGAGCCACCUGUACAGGGUGACGUGGAGAUGCAGGAAACAGUAGGAGCUACGGCGUCUGACUUUGUUCAGACAGACAUAAGCAAGCCGGUGAUCCCACCUCCAUGGCCAUCUACAGCUGCGCACAAUAUUCGGCUUCCUGGAACACCCGAACGUGCCAACCUCCGCCUAUCUAUGCCUCCACCCAGCAUUCCUACCAUCUCCUCCGCCGUCAGCCCUGUUUCUGCGUCUACUGCAAGCCUCGCUUCUCCCAUCACUCACGACAUAUCCCCGCACACCACUGUCCCUCAUACUGGCGCCAGUGUACCUACUCCAACUCCGGCCAAAAAGAAACUUAGUCUUGGUGAUUACUUGAUUCGUCGAGGUACCCUGACUACUACACCAACUUCUGAGAAGACCCAGGCUCAAUCCAGCGCUGUCCCUGCCGCGCAGAAAUCACCAUCCUCCCCUACGGCAGCCGGUGUGGAUAAAGCCCAGACUCCCACCAAGACAUCUCCGGAUGGCCCGUCAGAGACUCUGGGCUCCCCUGAUGUGGCUAUGAAAGACGCGCCAGAACCAACCCAGCCACACAUCCCCUCCGUUUCUUCGUGA